UGCUACAGAAUCUAAUCGACUGCCAAGAUGAGUGAGCAACUCAAGUUCAUCGUAGAGACCCUGAACAAGGAACCGUUCAAGAGGAACUAUAACCUGAUCAGCUUCGAUGCUCUGGAGCCGCUGCAACUCUUACAAGUGCUCAACGAUGUGUUCGCAGAAAUUGACUCACGAAGUGCACAAACCACCCCGUCUACUCCUGGAUCCCCCAGUACUAAAGUCAAAGAUCGUAACAAGCUGGACAUUCGCGAGGAAGCAGCAGACCAAACAGCCAUAAGGAUGCUGGGGAUCUUAAAGAUUCUCAAGUACAAACCCAAGACUGACAACACGAGUGAAUUUCGUCAGGGUCUGGUUAUGGGUGACAAGCCCACAGUGUACCAUAUCUUAGAAUGGUUGCUACAGCGAGUGCCGGACUUGAAGAAACGUGCGUAUCUUGCACGCUUCCUCGUCAAGAUAGAGGUGCCGCCGGACUUCCUGCAAGACGAUGCCGUUGCAGACUGUAACCAACAGUAUGAAGAGUUGGUGGAACAGUUUAAGGAACUGCACAAGGAGUUUACAGAGCUGCAGAAGUCUGGAUUUUCAACCUCAGACAUCAAGAAGGACAUCCAAUCAAUGGAGGAGGAGAAGGAGCAGGUUGUUCGCAGGAUCGAGCGACUGAAGAAGAAGGUGGAGUCUGUACCGAACUUCGACCGGAUGAUGGACACCGCCCGCAAGCUGCGUCAGGAGAAGGAGCGCGAACUGUCCCUGGCCAAUCAGAAACAAGAACAGAAGAACCAGUUGAUGCAUGCAGACCAGCGAUAUCAGCGUGCCAUGAACCAACUUAAAGACCUGCAGAGGGCUGCUAAAGGGGCCUCAGCUGAAGCCUUGAUUGAAAAGCUACAGGAGGAAAAUAAUGUCAACACGUACCUGGGACAGGAGAAACUACCAAAGGAAAUAGAAGCCAAGAGAAAAGUUGUAUCAGACCUACAGAAGGUGGUUCUAGAACCAGCUAUGGGACAGUCUGACUUGGAUGAACUCCACACAAAGAUCAAGGAUACGAAUGCAGAGAUUAACCAGUUAAUUGAGAAGAGGAUGAUGCGGAAUGAUCCGAUUGAUGACAAACUGUCCAUCUUCAAACAACAGGCCUCCAUCAUUGCGAAGAAGAAGAUUCAGGCCGCGGACGAAAUCCAGAGUACGAAAGACGAGCUGGCCGCUACGGAACAGGAGCUGAGCGAGAAACGACAGAUGGCGCGGGAACUGGAGGGAGGGGAGGUGUUGAAAGGAGAUGAGUUCAAGCGUUACGUGAACAAGUUGCGUGGAAAGAGUACCGUGUACAAGAAGAAACGGCAGGAGCUGGCAGAACUUCGGGCGGAGUACGGCGUUCUCUCUCGUACCGAGGAGAUCCUGAGACAACGGGACGAUAAUGCUCAACGUGCACUGGAAGGACUGGAGGCUAAGAAGGGCGUGUCUGGUUACCAUGACACCCAGGAGGAGCUGGAGAAGGUGUCCACGAUAAAAAGCGAACUAGACGAGAUGAAGGGAAAAACACUGGACGACAUCUCCGACAUGGUUUUGAAGCUGACGUCGACUAUAUCAGAGAAGAAGUCAGCCCUCGCUCCUGUUAUCAAAGAACUCAGGCCCAUGAGACAGAAAUGUCAGGAAAUGUCCCUGGUUUACGAAGAGAAGAAAGCACAGUACGACAACCGGGCAGCAGGGUAUGAGACGGACAGAUCCAAACUGGAACAGGAAGUCCGAACUUACCGAGAAGAAUGUGGUGCAGAAGAGAGCCGCUACCACUACCUACAGAGUAUGAAAAAGGUGGUGGAUGCCCAGCUGGCGCGAGCCCAGGAGGAGAUGAAACUGUACCUGUCCACAGACCCGCAGGACAAGAAGAAAGCCUGCAGGGAACAGUACACUAGGAAGAUCCAGGAACAAGAAAAUCUUGGAAAGACCCUGCGUGAGAAACAGAAGGCUGUCCGUGAGAGCCACGGGCCCAGCAUGCGGCAGAUGAAGAUGUGGAAGGACUUUGAGAAGCUGAUGGAGUGUAAGCGGCGCUGCUUCCUGGGAGAGCGCAACGCGGAGCGGACCAUGGGCGGGGCAGACUACAGGGACGACAUGGGCGGGGAGGAGAGGCUCGUGUUGUAAAAAUCUGUCAUUGUUUCAUCCGAGAGAAUCUUUGACCAGAAGAUUUCUUGUACAGAUAAUGUUGUCAUCUUUUCAUCAAUAAUUCCACACCGACUUAAUUUUAUAGAUGACAUCCUCUGAAGACACCCAAACUAGUGCG